GAAUUAAAGAAUGUGAACUGACAUCAUAUCACACAAUAAUAGGCAAAGGACAGUAAUAAUAAAGGCACACAUACAACACAGAGAGUGAACAGAAAGAGAGAGAGAAAAAGAACAGAAAAAGGAAGACUAGCACCUUUUGGAAAGACACGCUUCUGCUGUGUACUCCCGUAUAGUCUACAUGUAUUGCCCCGAGGCGAAGGACUAGGAAUCCCCUGAUGAUGGAGUCAACCACUGCCUCGCCAUCGACAUCAAGAGUCAACCGCUCGGAGAGUCUCCGCAAGCGACCACACGAUCAGAGCAGCAGCAGCUCCGGAGAACUGUCUCUGCCUACGAAAUUCAAGCCAUCUGGAACCUCUGAUUUAGUAGCCAUGGAUUUGUGCACUGCUGAAUUUGUGAUGGAGCAGAGGGUACAAGACGUAGAGGAGCACUUCAGAAGAAGUCUGCUCUCAUUGCAACAGCAAAAGCAGCAGCAACAACAAGUUACCCAAUCAACACCAACUACUGGCAGCUUACCGCUAGCAACCAGCUCGGUAACUAGUAAUGGAGUACUCUCACUGAGGAGUAUCAAAAAGACUCAAGAAGAUCACGAACCUCAUCAAAUACUGAUAGCUGAAAACUCUUCCACUUCGUCGUCUCCAACAUCAUUAACGAUACAUCCGUUGGGAGGGGCAGGAGUAGGAGGAGCCAGUCAGACUGUGCUUACUUCACAGAAUAAUGUACAGUUUAUUGUCACUUCCACACCCUCUAAUAACAUAAUGACCGCCGCCGCCCCUUUGGCUACUAACGGGCCUACACUCAUAUCAGCUUUACCGGGUGGAGCUGCUUUUAAUCAGCCCAUCUUUCUGAAUAUACCCUCUGCCACAAAUGACAAAUCUGAAGGUGCAGCAACUCAAGUAAUAACAUCUCCUGGUAUUGCUCAGAAGUCGGGCCCUACUAGUGUGAUGCUGCCUACAUUUCAAGGGGUGAUACCCACUCUAGCUCCUCCCCAGCUUAUACCAUUAGUGGAUAAUGGAGGGACGCUCCCUCAGAUAAUCCCCACGGUCACGUCUAAUACUCCACACACGCCAAUAUCUGGUGCAUCCCCUGUGUUCUAUGUGGGACCUAAUGGAGUACCAAUGCUGGCUCAAUCAGGCCUUGUCUUCAUGAACCCAACCGAUAUGACAAGAUCAACAAUCACGCUUCCUCCACAGUCACACAUUCCGCCUGCCUCAACCUCUUCAGCCCUCCCAGUCUCCUCUCAUCAGUCUCCAGCUGUCCCUCCUCCCUCUCUCCCUCCUAAUUAUAUCAUCAUACCCUCUCCUUUCACUAAUCCUGUUAACUAUAGUUUGGCGUCUCUGGAACAAAUGGCACAGCUACAACAACAAGCUCAGCAGCAGCAGCAGCAACAGCAACAGCAGCAGCAUCAAGGCUCUUCAAAGAAGGACUCCGGGUCGAGUAAGACUCACCAUCGUAUCAAGCAAAAGGUCAACAUUGAUCUUACAAGCACGGCGACCUCUGCUACACCAGAAGACAGGAUAUCUGUGGGAGGUAGUUUAAGUUCAAUGGAAGAUCUCUCAGAUGCUAACAAGGAAGUUAUGUCCUCUGGUAUUCACGGAAGUAUAGAUAGCGUAGAGGAGCACUUUGCCCGUGCUCUUGGUGAACAAUGGACUCAAGUUAAAAAGGCUGGUAUUGCUGGUAGUCCCGGUGGCGGUGGGACCCAGGGCAAAAUAACUGCUUGAUUUUAAGUGAAGAGGUUUCGUUUUUUGUGACUCUGUGUGAGUUCGUGCGGCAAUAAAGUUUCUGUAAAUAUUCUAUCACAUCUUAAUGUCAUCCUUCUUUGUGUAUUGCAUUAUUAUCUCAUAGUCCUAGCUUUAUUAUUAUUAUCAUUAAUAUUAUUAUCAUUAUCUGAUAGAUCUUAUUGUGGCUGAUAUACAAAUGCAGGCUACCCACUGCAAGAACUCUCAUACACACACACACACGCACGCAUACACAUUUGCAUGCAUAAUACAUUCAUACAGAUGUAUGGAUACAUUUUAAUACUAAAGUUGUUUUAGAACUAUUUCAGUCUCUCUCUCUCUCUCAUUUAUUCUAACACAAUAGCACUUGUAUUUCCCUCUCAUUUCUUAAAUAUUAAACAAUGAGCAUUCAUAUCUCAUUUUGUGCCUUAUUAUUAUUAUUAUUAUUGUUAUAAUUCUAUUGUUAUCUUGUUGUGUAUUGUAUAUGCACACAUGAUUGUUAUCAUUAUAUUGUACAACACUAUCAACUUAUUAUUCAAUCAAAAGAUACUUGAAAU